AUGGUUAGUGAAAUAAAUAGUGAUGCAUUGUUCAUCUUGUUGAUUGACCAAUCCUCUAAUGCUUAUAUACUGGAAAGAGAGCUGGCUCGGUUUGCAGAGCGCUUUCCACGCAUCAUUGUGUUUAUCAAUCAAGUACAUGGACAGCCUGCUAACACUACGGGGCUCUUCUUGAUGGAGAUGAAGAUGAAGUUUCCUAACAUGCCGAUGCUGGCUCUUGUUAAUGCUAGUCCAGAAGGAGUGAAGAUGUUACUUUCACUCGAGGGACUUGAUGUAAAGUGGUUAGGAAUCAGAACGGACGAUUUUGCCAAAUAUAAAAUACCUACCAAUGUCGACACGCCACUGACUGAAGUUGACAUCAAGUUGGCGAGACAUCUCUUGGAGGAAGAACGUGUCCAAAAGAAUCCGGUAUUGCGUGAUGACCUGAAUCACAUGGUAGCCACGGAGAGUACGGUAGAAUCUGAUGCUGUGCUAGCUUUGGGGGCACCCUUCUUGUAUCAGGUUUAUUUACCACUCAAACUCCAGUAUAUGGAUUGGCAAUGA